UGUUGCAAUUUAGAUAUUUUCGGUCACUAUAAUUCAAUGUAGUUAUUGUUCAUUAUAAGUGAUUUAUUUGUUAGGCUUAGGUUAAUAUAAACAAUGUCAAGAAACAUAGUUUUCGAGGGAUGGUUGACAAAAUCGCCGCCGACAAAACGUAUAUGGAGAACGAAAUGGCGAAGGAGGUGGUUUGCCUUGAGACAUUCUGGUGAACUGCCUGGUCAAUAUUUUUUGGACUACUAUGCUGAUAGGAACUGCAGGCGCCUCAAGGGCACUAUCAACCUUGAUUUAUGCGAACAGGUUGAUGCAGGGCUUCAUAUGGAGCGUAGUGGUAGUGGAUCAUUGGACCCCAAGCUCAGAGGUUCUGUGUUCACUAUCCAGACUCAAUCCAGGACUUACCACCUAGAAGCAGAUUGUGAAGCAGAAAUGGAAAAGUGGGUUGAUGCAAUAUGUAGUGUAUGUGGCCUGAGAGCUACGGAGGAUACUUCCACAGAGAAUGGAACAUACCAGAACAGCAUGGGUCCGAUAGCUUUGAACGAGCGGUAUGAGUGUCCAGAGGGCACCGGGCCAUACAUCAGAAUAUCUGAGUGUGUUACUGGCAGUCGGGCUCAGGAUUCCCGUGCAUUUACGUUUGACCCUCGGAAUAUCGUAACGAGCAGCAGGCGGGGUUUCGCCGGGGACAGCCGCGGCAACCAGAUGUAUCUGAGCCAGCCGCUGCGGCAACACAACGCCGAAUUCUCCGAGAACGAGUCCAACCUCAGUGAAGACGAGUGCAAAUCCCUCAAUGCUAGUCACUCCAACAUAGGAGACUGGUCUGUGACAAAAUCUUUUACUAAAUUGGCAGUGGGCCCAAAGAAAAACGGCAUCCCGGACGAUGGGCCACCAGUGCCGCCUCGGCCGCCUAAGACUUUAGGAGUUACGUCAAAGAAUAACUUGCAAAGAGAUGCCUACCUUGGACCAAAAUACAACGAACCCAUGGGUUCCAAUGAUAAUGUUUUUAUGCAGUGUACGUUGGGAGUGUCGGGUGGAACAGGCGCGGCGAGGCGUCGCUCGCCCGCCCGGUUCCCCGCGCCCGCCGUCCUCCCCGCGACCGCGCCCGCGCCCGCGCCGCUCGGCACCGACGACGACGACGAGGACCUCUCGCCCGGACACCCGUCAAUGCAGUAUUGCAACGUGAAGUCUCUGCCGCCGGCGGUGGACCGCGCACUCAAGCCGCGCCACUCCAGCCAUAGCAUAAGCCACCUCAACAGCUUCUCAGGACAGCCUCUAACACAAUUCCACCCUGUAGAAGUGAGAGCGGAUACGCUGCAGUACUUAGACCUGGACCUUCAGACAUCAAAGCCCUCUUCAAAUAAGCCACAACAACAGGUGCCGAGACAUACAAUUGACAUAACACACGGAAAAUCCCUGUCAGAGGUGGAUGCGGAUACCGACAGCUGUUACAAAACCGUAGACUUCUUGAAGACGGAGGCGUUCAACAUCACCAUGCAGGACGCAGAGGCUUCGCGGAGCAACCACACUCAGCAUCUUAGCCCGGUGGGACACUGACCCACGGCCCUCUCUCCGCCCGCUCCUCAGUCGCGACGACGACCUCGGACCCAAAUGGAAUUCGUUCACGGUAUACCCCCGUCUCCGGUGGACUCGUCUUGUUACCAAGCGAUAGAUUUCUUUAAGACGGAUGCGCUCUAUAUAACCAUACAGGACGCGGCAAACUGCAGGCGGUACCACGUUGAGCACCCGAGUCCGCAAGGCCAGCAUGGCCCUUGACGCGUAAAUGCGGCUGAGCCGCACGCGCGCUGCUGCCAUUUCAACUGUUUCGAUAAAUGCGUACAAGCAUUUCAAACACGCCGACAUUAUUAAAAUUUAUAUAAAAAAUCUUUGCUUUACCGAAAGUUAUAUCUUAUCCGACCUUAUUUUUAAUACUAGGUAAUAUAUAUUUCAAUAUAAAAAAAGUAAAGUGACAUGACAGGAGGUAGAGAUAUACAGAGUAAAAACUCGGUGAGGUCAUCCUUAGCAGAACACCAUUAUAAUAAGCGGGGACAAAUAUGGGCAAUAUGUCGGCGUUGUCAGCGUGUUCACGGAGAAGACCACGCAGACAACGUCCGUCUUCGAAACGUCGGAGGAUAGUUUUGAUAAAUAGUAAUAAAUAUUAAUUGUGAGUGUUUAUCAGUUACUAAGAUGAAAAACAGAAAUAGUAGCUCGACGUUUCGAGGUGCUCAAUGUGCUUUAAUUAUCUAUGAUUUAAGACCUAAUUUUGUGACUAAAUGUCUACUAGUAAUCAUUUCAUAAGUACUAUUUUAAUUGUAAUGUCACGAGCAGGUAAUUAAUUGUGGGCGUGCCUUUAUAAACUUAAAAAAGUUAGAUUGAAAUAAUAAAAAUAAUGUUUAUCUUGUAUUAAAAAUAAGUACUUUGGAACGACGUUACAUAUUUAUAAUCUGCAUCUGCAAAUAUGAGCAAUGUACUUAAAUAGGUACAUACCUAAAAUUUGUAUUUGGCGUCAGAAAUAAUAGUUCGUUUUUGUAUAAGGCAAGCUUGUUUAACGCACGUGCCAUUAUUGAUACUCAAGCCAGCGGAAGAUGUAAACCGCGAGCGUAGCGGAGUGGUUCAGACUGUAGAAGCUGGAGCGUUGCGAGGGUUUCAAGGCAUGUAGGUUAAACAAAUUUUGCCACCGAGUGAAACAACAUUUUUCACCACUACAACACGAGGAAGUUAUUAACUGUAAAUCAUCGAACUACAUCAAAUGCAUAAUUUUUUGUACAAUAUAUGAAUAUAUGAUUCAAAACCACCAGCUAAACGUCAAUUCUACCAGCCAGCUUUGGGCAUCAAGUUAAAAUUUGUACGAAAUCACUUACGACUUUGCACUUUUGUCGAUAAAAUGCAACUUUGUCAUUUGUUUUUGAAGUAAUAAGAUAGCCAGUUGGUGUGGCGAAAAUGUAAGUUAUGCUUAGGUAAUAAACUUUAAUGUACUGUGCAGUGUAUCUCUUAAAAAUACGGCGUGGCGUGUCUCAGAGAUUUCCUUCAGGAGGAUUGGUCUUUAGGAUCCAAAGAUAGGUUGUUUUUAUCUCUAUUUAAAGAGCUUUGUCACUGUUGUGUGUGUCGCUCUGUACAAAUAUAAAUACAUAAUACGUUUUAUCAUCAACUUAAUCCGUAACGCAACGAGUUCAUAUAAACUUUUAGCAACCUCAGAUAAAUAUCCUCAGGUAGUGAAGAUAGGUGUGAGCAGUUGAUCCACUAAUACUUUAUUUCAAGCUACUAGGUCAAGUUUGGCAACAUCAAAAAGUGAAGUGUGUUGUGACGUCAGAAAGCUUUCUCUUAGUUAUUAGUCCACUGUACCUGUUAAAUAAUUCAUGUAUACUUUGGCGUCUCUGUACAAAUAAUAUGCUUUAACAUAAAUAAAGAUACGCACAAUAUAAACGGCACUAACUUUAUCAUAAUGACUUUUCGAGGAGAGAGACUAAUUAAAAACUUUAUAUGUCAGAAUAUAGUUAUUUAAAAUGUUAUAUGUAAACAUUUAACUCUUGUUAAAUAUAUGUAUUGGGCUAAAGUCCAUCAUAAUCGAAGUAUUAAACUUAAACGUAAGUGUCUUCCAUAUAGAUAUGUAAUUAUUUAUUUUCACAGAAAUGAGUAACAUAAUUCACAUAAAAAACAGUAGCAACCUAAAUUUUGCAAUGUACUUGAUUUGCUAAUUAGAAACGAACUAGAUGUCCUUAAUGAGUUGCGUCCAUUUCAUGCACGACAUGCAAGAAUGGAUUGAACAUAGCUAUGUACAUUAACUUGAUUUGACAUAUAUGUCUAGUAUAAUUUUAUAAUAACAUAUACUUAUGUACGUUCCUAUAUGUAUGUAUUAUGCAAAAUACUUGCAAACACAAUAAGUGUAAGUAACUGUAGUUAGUCGUGCGGUACAACUGGAGCACCUGUCAGCGGAAAUACUUAUUGUCAAAAGAAACGCUAUUUUUUAAUGGACUUAACAUACUCACUGUCCUACGUGAACUUCGUACUCGAUAUAUUUUACUGAAAUCUAUGCACAGUCUAACAAAUGUGACGCAUGUACCAAUGACUAAAAAAUUUAAUUGAAUUGCACGUACAUCGUACAUACAUGACUACAUGAGAUAUUUUAAAGUUACCUAUCUAAUCCUCUUCGAGUCUGUGCACAUAAGCGAGUACAAUAGCGUAGAGGACCUGGAAUUUCAGAAAUAAAACAUUGGUAAAGUGAUUCUGUUAUGACCGGUUGCACCAACCUUUAAUUAAUUAGUCGGUAUUUUUUUGCUACUUAUAAGUUUUUUUUUCAAACACUAACUUACCUUAAAUUCUCAAAUUUCCGAAAAUGCUGCUAGGAGUUAUUAUCAUCAUUUCCUAACCAUUUACGCCGGCCGUAGCUUGAGAAAUUAGGGUAAGUUAGAGAGACUUUCAAGCGCAUGGUAAAAAUUACGACCGGCGGAAAUGGUCAGGAAAUGAUGAUUAUCAAAUCCAUACAGUCUUUUCUAUCACAUAUAUAAAAAUCAACCUUGAGAAUUUAAGGAAAGUUAGUGUUUAAAAAAAAACCUUAUAGCAAACUAAUGGCCGACAGGUGAACUAGGUGAUAUGCAGACAUUAAAUGUCGAUGCGAACUCUACAUUAUCCCAAAGUUUCAUCCUUGAAAAAAUGAGGAAGGUCUGGCGGCUCCUGGGCUAUAGUCCAUAAGUUCAUAACAGAAGGGUUCUUAACUCCUUACGCUUCAUGAACAAUAAGAUUUAGAAGAAUAUAUUGCACAUGAAGCAUAAGGGCCUUUCUGUAAUGAAAAACCACAUGGGGUUACUGUCCUGGUUUCCAUCCCGCUAUAAUUUUCCAUGAACACAACAUUGGAUUAAGUGAUUAAGCAAUAAGUCUAUCUUCAAAAAUAAAAGCAAAUAAGUAAUAUAUUCAUUUGCUAUUCCGUGUAUGGCCGAAAAAUAGAUUAUGUGGACAGAAACUAGCACAAUAGCUCUAUACAUAUAGGUAAUAAUAAUAUAGGUGUUAUCAAAAGUGUCUUGUAAUGUGAUUGAAACUUAUGGAUACAUUGAACGUGUGAUGUGAAGUGUCUUAAAGAAAUAGGUCAGGGUCUGAGAAAUUCAUUAUUGUCUUAUACAUACAUAUACAAAUUAAAUAGUAGGACUAAAUUACUAUUCAUGUGCAAUUCUGAUUGUGUG